UCCAAGGCGGUUUGCAUGCACAGAAGGCGUGCGCCUGGGCUUGGCACCGCUGCCAGGGUCCAGCCGGGAUCUGCAUUUGCUGCUGCUUGUGGGUCAGACGGGCCGGGAGGGAGGAGCCGGGACCAUGUGGCUGCCCCCAGCUCUGCUCCUUCUCAGCCUCCCAGGCUGCUUCUUCAUCCAGGGCCCGGGGACAGUGACCGCAGUGGAGCAGGGGUCGAUGACGGUGCAGUGUCACUACCGCCCAGGCUGGGAGAGCUACAGCAAGUGGUGGUGCCGAGGCCGGAUCUGGAGCUUCUGCCAGGUGCUUGUCCAGACCAGCGGGACGGAGCAGGAAGAGAGGAGCGGCCGCGUGUCCAUCAGGGACAAUCACAGAGACCGCUCCAUCACGGUGACCAUGGAAGGGCUCAGGCAGGACGACGCAGACACUUACUGGUGUGGCAUUAAGAGAGUCGGGACCGACCGCGGGACACGAGUGAUGGUGACCAUUGACCCAGUGGGAAGCACCAACCUGCCAGCAAUCCCGUCUACCAAAUCCCCGGCCAGGCCAACUGCCACCAGCAACAUGGGGCCAGCCUCUGGCUCCUAUAACAGGGGCCACUAUCUGCUCCUGGUGUUUGUGAAGGUGCCCAUCCUGCUCGUCUUGGCCAGCAUUGUCCUCUGGCUGAAGGGCUCCCGGAGGGUCUCAGUGGAGCUGCGGACCCUGGCUGCCCUUGGGAAUACACGCUCUCCGCUGUCCACUGACCACGCAAGCCCUUAGGUGGACACAGAGCAGAGCCUGCCCGCCCGGAAGCCCAGGUCCAGAGCAGUCGCCCUGAGUCCUGGGGGUGUGAUGACCAAGGUCAGGGUCGUGGGUGCUGGCUGUGCACUUUCCUGUCCCGCCCAGCAGGGGACGCUGCUCUGGCCCCUCCUGGGGCACCAUGGGCAGCUGGAGCACUUGCACUGCGCUCCCUCUUCCUCAGCGUUGAGGGCUGGGUUCGUGGCCAGGAGCCGCUGGGAUGGAGUCCAAACUGUGGCCAAGAAGGCAACCAGACAGCUGGACAGCCAACAUCUGGGCAGCUGGACCACUGGACAGCUGCGUUCCCCUGCCCCCGCCAGACUAACUUGGCGCAGAACCUGGGUCAGAGCGCAGGGAGACAGAGAAGAAGACCUGUCCACUCCGUGUUUUCCAUCAUCGCUGAAGCCAGCUCACUGCUUCUGCCAGAGCACCUGACAUGGAGGUCUUUUUCAGCUACUCAAGUUGAGUCUGAAGCUCAUGUCCACCCAAGAGUGAACCUGUUCUGCCAGAGGCUGAGUCCCUGGCAUGGGAUGUCUCCCGGGUGGGGGGUAUCUCUGCUAUGAGCCCCCAGGGCUGAUGAGGGCUCAGGCCAGAGCUCGGCUCCCUCCCCCUCCUUCUCCUCCCUCCUCCCUCCUGGCUCCCAGGCCCCCUGCCCCUUUCUUAUCCCAGGGGCUGGGGCUUCCUGGAGGCUGCAGCCUGGGGGUCAGCACAGCCUGCCCUCAGCACAGCCGCCCCUCCCCGCAGGCCCUGGUGCACCCCAAGAGCCCUCUCACGGUAGGACAGUGUCCCGACAGCCGGCAUGCGGAAGUCACACAGCUCUCUAAAGUGCCAAGGUUGAGAUCAACCCGGCGAUUAAAACCGUGCACAGGAAGUGACCCCUCUGCCAAACACCUCCCCACAGCAAAGAUGUCCUUGGACGCUGUCAUUCUGGGCCAUAGGAGUCAAAGGAGCUCGAGCGAGUGUGGCGUGAAACAGUAGCCCCGCCCCAGACACGCACGCACACUCGUGUCCAGGCCACGUGGGACCAGGCCAGCCCGCCUGGGGCCUAAGAAACCAGCCCCGUGCUCAGCGUGAGGAGAUGGAGGUGAGGGCGUCUCCCGCCCCCAGCCUGGUCCCUGAAGCCGCCCCUGCCUGCUGGGACCUCUGUAAUCCACCUGCUGUCAAUCAGCCCUCCGACUUUGAACUUGGCUGAGGGCUCGGGCCAACUCGGGACUGAAGAUCCCACAGUGUCCAGAAAGGUGGGCAUUUAAGGCCAACUGAGAGCCUCAGGGUCACUCAGUUGGGGGCCAAGUUCGCGCGUCCACCAGAAGCAGCGGCCCUGCCGCGGGACUGUGCCCCGGAUGCCGCCUCCAGCACCACACGGCGGCUGCCCACGCCUAUCUCACGGUUCCUCUUCUCCGUGGAGAUUGUGUGGCUGGGCUGGCGCUCUCGCCACUUCCCUGGAGGAGCGUGGGCAUCUGUGGGCUGCCUGGCCCCAGUGCCAGUCCCACCCCCACUCCUGGCUCCCCCUCCCCCGUCGCACUUCCGGGAAGCAGCCCCUUGGGGUUCUGAUGAAAUCGGAGGAGCUCAGCUUGCCUGACACGCCCACCCGCAAAAAAACGUAAGGCACCAUAGGCCAGGCAGACUCAGCUCGCUGACCCCACAACCCAGAGCGGUCAGGUAGGGAAGUGGAGGGAGCAGGUGCGGUGCUCGGUGAAGGGGAGAGCAAGGCUUCUCCUUCUGCAGGGGUCUGCUGUUCUGAGCACCUGCUGGGCCAUGGAGGAGAGAGAGCAGAGCCGGGAGAAGCCGGUCAGGGCCGGAGCCAGAGCCAGCAGCACCCGGCCAGGAGAAGGGUGACAGUGGCAGUGGGGGGAGGGGAGGUCCCCACCGGGGCCUGAGACACGAGGAGUUCUUUUUAAAAUUGUGUUUUAAAAUGCCUAACACAAAAUGUGUCCCACUGACAAGCUUUCCAGGGCAACCAUGGCUAUGAUAUAAUAAAUACAACGUGACGA